AUGCACGUGAAGACCGAAGCGGUCGACGAGAGCACAUCUGCGCUGGUUUUGGGCAGUCAGGAGUCGCCUGCGCCCUGCGGAGAUACCGCAUGCAGAGGAGGAGGAGGGGGGGGAGGAGGGGAUCAGACUACAGAUGAGCUGGCUGACACAGAGCUGCAAGCAGCCGCGACAUCUACACCCGUGCUGCUGUAUCCGGUGAGUACAGAGCGCUUCUUCACCACAUCAGGCGACGGAAAAACUUACCUGAAGAUAGCUCCAGCUUCGGCGAUGCCGCCUGCCUCCUCGGAGAAGAGCCUUCCCUCCGGCUCAGACUUCUCCUCCAAAGCCGUGCUGUGUCUGAUCGAGGCCGUCGGACGCCGCUGGGGCCUGUACGAGACCCGCGAGCGCUCGCAGCUCUUCCAGAGCGUCCAGGAGGAGAUGGCCUCCAAGGGCCACGUGCUGCCUGUGGAGAAGAUCCGCCGCAAGUGGAACAACCUCAUCGUCACGUACAAGAGGGUUAAGGACCGCAGCCGGGAGACGGGGCACGCGAAAACGUCCUGGGAGUUCUUCGAUCUGAUGGAUGCCACGCUCUGUGACACUGUCGGCACUCAGAUCAUCAACAACAAGAGAAGCAAAGGUGGAACCGCUGUUUCUACGCUGCCCGGCCCUUUGGCAAAGAUCGCUGCGAAGCCGCAGGCUCCGCAGCCCCCCACCAUCAUCCGCCCUCACGGGGACUUUGCUUCGACCGGUGUUGUGGAAUCAGCGGGUCAGGGAGCCGUCAGUAGCACAGCUGCCAUUACCUCGAUGACCACAGGGACCUUUAGCCCAGCAAAUGCUGCAGAGCUCAAGCCCCUGAUCGUCCUCAACAGUGACAUUGUCACAACCAGCAUCCACCCAGCCACCGUCGUGCCAUCUCCAUCUUUUAUCUCCUCGCCGUGUUUUACAGAGACAGCCUCUACGUCCCCUUCCCUUGGCUCAACCAGCAACGCAGACCUCAACACCUCACACUACGUAGGCCGUAAAGCUCCAUCGUUCACAUCAGGCGUCAUACCCUUUCGCCUUAGCAACGCGCCUCUUGGCAACAGCCAGAAUCUCCUGGGCCUGUCCUCUUUCCCCCCCACAACCUCCUGCCUCACCUCCUCUAUCUCCACCUCAUUAUCUGUGCCGACCGCGUCGGGAGCCGAAGGACAGAGCCAGAAAGGAGGCGAGGAGCAGACCAGCGCCGCUUUGUUCCAGGAGAUUCUGAAGCGACAGGAGGAGCAGGCCUACCUGGAUCGGGUGGCUCGCCGCCGGGUGGAGGCCAGAGAGAAGAGGCGCGAGAGGAGGGAGGUGCGGAUGGCGGAGUCCCUCGGCAGGAUAGCCACGGCCCUGGAGCUGCUCUCCUCCAAACAGGACACAGUCAUUGCCCUCCUGCAGAGACUGGCUGAUCGGAAGUGACGCAGGGUGAAAGCCUUCUUUCUUCCCAUCCUGAAAUCAUGUUUAUGAGAACUUCUUAAACCUCCUGACACUUAGUGAUCCAGCCUGAAUGGUUUUACUCUCCUGGACUUCAUGUGAACAAGCAUUUAUAAAAUCAU